UAUUCGAGCAACGAUAUCGAGUUGGAGGCUUGGCCUCUUGAACUGACCGAGCCGGAUUGCACCACUGUGCGCGAUGGCAGAAAAGCUCUUGCUAAGGACACGCAGCGCCUACAUGUUCUGAAUCAACAUUACCGCAGGCUAUACUCGGGAAGCUUUCUGGGAGGCAUUUUGGACGAAUCUCGUGAACCAUCACUGCGUGUCCGAAGUGAUGAAGGGCCUGCGGGUUCGGACGUCCUGAUAACUGGAGAUUGGGGGAGAACUGGAGAAUGGAAGAAGGCUGUGCAGCGCAGUGUAAUGGAGCUUGAUGGAGUCGCUCCGAUGGGUGACAAGGCGAUGGCUUCCGUAUUGGAGCGACCCCCGAGUCCCGUCAUCCAAUGGGCCAUCCACGACCAGAAUGGCAUGAAACAUUGCCAGGCUCGCCAACCCAUGCAGCCAUCCCCGAAAGCCCAAGCUUUCGUCUACUGCACUGCACACAUAGCGUACGAUUCGACCACCCAAAAGCUCCAGUCCGUCUCCUGUGAUCUAGUGUAUCCUCCCAUGAGUCCCAUGGCACCUGUCUUGAUUCAGUACCCGGACACCCGCGGGGGGAGCCUGGCACACCCAUUCACUCAACUGGCAACAAAAUGGAGCUUGGCUAUGCCUUACCCCUUAAAGGCUGCAACUGCCGAAGCCUCGCAAUUGGCGUUUAGGCGCAUGACUUCCCUACGACUCAACGAAGGGGACAACGAAGGGGACCACGACGUUCAGACGGCAUGA